UCCUUCCUUCCUUCCUUCCUUCCGUCCUUCCUUCCUUCCUUCCUUCCUUCCUUUCCUCUUCUCCUCCGUCAUCACUCUGUUUGCUGAGGGCGCGUUGGACUCGGAGAUGCUUUUCUUGACAGUGCGUAAAAACGCGCGUUCCACGCGCAUCUCCAGCGUUGAGCAGAGGAAAAGAGGAGGGACCUCCGGCCUCCGCAGCUCUGCCACUGAUCUGGGUUCAUAUAAGGUGUUUCCUGCUGGUGGCAGUGAGAUCAUAUCAGACACACUGGACGUGGUUCCUCCAGUCGGACAGAGGAGCGAACAGAGCAGUUAUCAUGGAUUUAAAUGAUGCCAAGACUCACAACCACGAACUGGUGCCGCACAAAGGCUUCAAGCUGAUCAGCGGGACUCAUGAUCCGGAGGAUGUGGACCAGAUUUACAACCUGGAGAUCAGAGACUCUGACGUGUUUGUCGUCACAUACCCGAAAUCAGGUGAGAGGAACAUAGAGAUGGAAGACUCGUGUUGCACACACACAGAGGAGGCACCAGGCUUUGCUGCAGGCUCCAUCACAUACACUGUUGUGUCCAGUGUCACGCAGUGGGAGUGCACUAAAGGGACCAUCUGGAUGCAGCAGAUCCUGCUGCUCCUGGAGAUGAAAGGAGAUGUGACUGCCAUCAGCAAGCUCAAUAAGUUCUCCAACGCAGAUCUCAUCCCCUGGAUCGAAGUGAACGGCAACAGACAGGCGUUCAUCACGGCCCCGUCACCCAGACUGAGGGUCACCCACCUGCAGCACCAGUUCAUGCCUCCUGCUCUGAGCCAGAGGGGCAAGGUGAUCUACGUGGCAAGAAAUCCCAAAGAUGUCCUUGUGUCUUACUUCUACUUCCAUAAACUCGCAAACAUGUUGGAGACGCCGAAGGAUUUCGACGAGUUCUUUGAGAAGUUCAUGAGAGGAGACGUGUUUGGGUGCAGCUGGUUUGAUCACGUUAAGACCUGGUUCUCUCACAAGGAUGAUAUGAACAUGUUGUUCAUCACGUAUGAAGAAAUGAUCCAGGACCUGCAGUCUGCAGUGGAGAGGAUCUCCUCGUUCCUGGGGAAAGAGCUGACUGACGAGCAGCUGGCCAACGUGGUGAAACACAGCACCUUCAAGAACAUGAAGAAGAUCCCUCAGGCCAACUACGAGCAGGUGCCAGGUGACUUGCUCAACCACCACCAGGGCAGGUUCAUGAGGAAAGGGACCAUCGGGGACUGGAAGAACCACUUCACUGUGGCCCAGAACGAGAUGUUCGACAAGGUCUUCCACAAAGAGAUGAAGGACUUUCCUCUGUCGUUUAUCUGGGACAUCAGGAACAUGGAGUGAUCCCUUGUUCGUCUCAUGACUGACAACACAAAAAGAAGAACACAGUCACAGUUGCAGCUUCAUGAACUCUGUGCUAUACAGAAGAAAAAAAUCUGCUUCUCCUCUUCCUCCUUCAGCCAUACAGAGUCUCUCUCUUCAUUCCGGGCAGCCAGUGGUUUCCAUUCAUUUUCGACAUUUUAAAAUCUAUGCAAAAACUGAUUUUUGACAAAGUAGAAUCAAUAUUCUCAUGGUCAUGCAGUAGGUAUGUUGUGAUGUAGAAAGCCUUGUUUUGUGCUCAUGUAAGAAGUGUCAGAGUUGAUGUGCAGAGAACAGAUACAGCUGGUGGGGUCAGCUCUGUUUAACUGUUGUCACAUUUACAUUGUUGUUGCUUGGCUCUGCACAUGGAGCAGUUACUGUGACAGCAGUAAAUGAACCUCUCUGUUCACUGUUAAGCUCUAUGCAUGUUUAGUUUGUUACUGUAGUGAAAGGCCUCACCUGUGAAGUAGAACUGAUCUCAUUCAUAGUAAACAUGUUCUAUGGACUGACUUCUCUGGCUGCUAAAUAUAUAGUAGAGUCUGUAUUGAUGGUCACAGAAAUCACAGUUUAAACCUGAAAAUGAUGAAUACAUGUUGGAACCACGCUCGCUGUUUGUGUUCAGUGACAGAGUCAUGUGGUCUGACCUGCAGGACUGGACUCGAGUCGCACGACUUGGACUCUGAAUCCAACUCGAGUCGGGAACCUGAAGACUGACUUCAGACUUGACAAAAUCAAAAAAAGACCAACGACUGGACUUUGACCUCAACACCAACGACUCGUGACGUCAUUUGUUCUUCAGCCUCUUGACUCGGACUGACAAAUCCUCGACUCUUUGUUUCCAUGGCAACAGAUACAGUUUGAAUCAGCUGAGGUUUGGGCUGCUCAUGCUGCAGAGCUGCAGACAAAGGACACACACACACACACACACACACACUUCACAGCGACUUGAAACUGCCACAGACAACUUGUCAACUCAGUAACUCCGGGGACAUAUUCAUUAACACUGUAUAUUCAUGUAUGUUGAACAAUAUUAAUGAUAUUUUUAUGAAGAUUACAUUAAAGUGAACAUACUGUGGUGUGACAGUACAAUGUGGGAAUCAUUAGAGGAGGACAGAGCUGGCUUAUGGAAGAACAACACUGUCGAACACUGACUUCCAACACUGAUGUUUAGUCCUGUUAACUUAUGUUCAACCAUCGUGUUACCUGAUGUAAAUUAUAUAUUUUCAAUAUUACACUGUAUUUUAUUCACUUCUUAUAUGACUGUUUGUGUAAAGACAAUAAACACUGAUGCACUGA